ACGCGGAUCAUAACGCAGCAUUGGAUCAGGGCACAUGUCAUUUACUAAGCGCUAUUGCAGUUCACUGAUCUUCAUUACGCUGAAGUUUAUGCUGCUGAAAGAGGAUACUUGGAUCAUUUAUCAAGCGUGAUCGAGGUCACUGAAUGAAAGAUAAGCAAAGAGGACUUUUCAAAGAACAUCCCAUUCGGGUAUCUGGACCCUACAAAGUCGGAAUCUGUAAAUGAGCUGUCCAGCAGUGAUGUCGAAGACACCAAGAUCAUCUUCAAGAACUUACUCACGAUCAGCCUCCAGGUCGAGAUCAGGUUCUGACUCCCGCUCCAGAUCUAGAAGCAGUUCACAGUCUCGGUCAAGGAAGCACCGCUAUGGCUCUAGAUCUCGCUCUCGCUCCAGAUCCCAUUCUCCAUUCCAUAACCGGGGACGAAAACAGCCACGGGAAUAUCAGAACCAACGGGAGUUCAGAGGUUACCAUAGAAGCUUCCGGAGGCCUUAUUACUUCCGGGGCAGAGGACGAGGUUUCUUCCGUGGUCGCUUCCAGCGUGGUGGAGGUGGAUACAAUAAUUAUAGAUCAAACAAUUGGCAAAACUUUUGCCAAUAUCCACAACAAAAACAGCAGAAACCCCAGAAGCAACAGUAUGUGCAGCAACAGCAAAAACAGCAUGCUCAUAGCCCCAAGAGGGGCCAUUCUCGCACCCCCAAGAAACGUUCAAGCAGUCCGCAGUCGCUAAAUCAUUCACACCGCUCUGACAGAUCUUCAUCACAGCAUUCACACCACUCCUCUUCUUCCAGCUUAUCUCAACAGAUAAAUUCUUCUGCUAAGCAGAAUAGUAAAGCUGGAACAGAGGUUCUAUCUUCACCCAAGGAAAGCCAGAAAGUUGGAGGAGGAGAUGCCACACUGCCAGUGCAAGAGGGACACCCCCCAGAAGUAGACGGAAGUAAAUGUCAAGCGAAGGCCAAUAAAACGUAUCUGUUUCCAAUAACCCAUGACAGCAGCCCAAAGAGGGCCAGUCCACAUAUUCACUCUGUUGUCAGUGCUGUCCAGGACGAUUCAGCCUCCAGUGAUCCUGUGGCUGGAAAUUCGGGAGCAACUAGCAAUGGUGCCACCUACAGCCAGCCUGUUGCUUCUACUCUUUCUACCAGUAGCCCUCAAAAGAAAAGCCCCACAACAGUUUUCUCAGGCUUUGGGCUUUUAUCAAAUGCUGACCAGGAAGAGGAUGCAGUUGCCAUCUCUAUAGCUUUUAAAAAAUUCUUAGAGGAGCAGAAGAGCAAAAAGCAGGCUCUUGCAGAUCAAAUUAUGGAGAACAUGGCAGACAAUGGAAAUGCAUUUCCUGAAAAUAGAAAUAGUAAAUGUGAAGGCACUGGUCCAAGAUUACCCAGGUUACCUGCACAACCCAAAAACAAAAAGGAGAGUGAGAGGUACAAAUAUGUAGACAAUUUCAAGGGGAACACAACCUCCAGUAGUUUCAGGGCAGCAAUCCUCUCAGAAGAUGGGGAGGAUGAAGGCAGUGAGCACACUGAACCCCAUUCACAGAUGAGGGAUUUGGAAAAUGAAGCAUCUUCUCAUAAAAGCAAAAUUGCAUUGUCAGCUCGUGAACUGUUUGAGGAACAUUUAAAGAGGUUGGAUGACAAAACAUGGGAUGAUGAGCUUGAGGCCUUUCUAAUAAACCGAGAGAAGGAGAGGGCUGCAAGCAUUGUAUCUGCUCUUUCUGAAAGGGAGAAGUUUGCACGUAAGAUUGAGGACCUUUCCCCUGAAAGACCCUCAAAGAUUAAACGAAAGGCCAAAAUGACAUUAAGUCCUUCUCCCACAUAUAAACCUAUUUCACGAAGGAGCUCUGAAAUCCAAGAACAAGAGAUGUUAUUAAAUGUGGGUGAUGAUUCCUUACCCAGAGCUUCUACAAAAAGAGAAAGAGAUUUUAGUCUAAGGAUGGAUUCCCUUAGUGACGAGCUAGCAAGUUCAUCUGUUUUGUGUAAUGAUUGGAAAAACAAUAUGGAUCAUGUCCACUGCGAUAAAAAGCCACUUCAAUACCGUUGGUGUAACAAUUUAUGCAGGAGCCCAAAAGAGCUGUUUGCACAGCAUGUCAUUUCAAUUGUCCAUUAUAUCACAGAGCAACAUUUCUCUUCUUCUGGAAUGACUCUAAGUGAUCGAUUUACCAUGUACCAAAGACUAGCAGCUGAGAAAGAAAUUAUGAAGCAAAGAAAGAGUCCAGAGAUACGCAGGAGAAUUGAUGUUUCUCCCAGUGCUUUUAAGAGACACUUAUUCCUGUUUGAUGAGUUGAAAGGCUCCGGGGAUAGCAGCUCCAAGGCUGAAGUGAAACUGUUUAAAGGAGAUACAGUGGAUCUUCCGAUAAAUGUUGAGCAGAGUAAAAAAUAUUUAAGCAGAGAGACAAAUGAGAAACAGGAGGAAAAAUCGGGAUUUGGGCAAUCUCCUGAAUCAAACAUGGAAACCUCAGCUGAGAAAUCAUCCAAACAAAACAAAAUAUAUAAAAAAAGCAAGCAAAAACGAGAACGCUCUUGCUCCUCAUCCUCGUCUUCUUGUGUUCAUGAGGAGGAGGCAGAGUCUACAGAAAAAUGUUUGACUCAACUCCAGGUCAGAGAAUGUGUUGGAGCCACAGAAACGGGACAGGCACAUAGUGGAUUUCAGUUCCGGAUACGAGGUAGGGGUUGGAACAGAGGGAAUUGCCUUGGAAAUGAUAACCAGUCCAAUAACAGUGCUCAUGUCUCAGGCCUUUCCAACAACAUGGACUGGGAUUCUGAACAAAUGGACAAAAGCAAGAAAUACUACAUGUUAGAUAAAAAGGUCGUUGAAAGUGAGAGGAAGUGGGAAGACACACAAGGGCAUGGCCAGUCUACCAUCCCUCGCGCCAAAGGUCGUUUCAUCCUACGAAGGCCCACCAUUUCCAUCACAACUAACAACUCUAAAUGGACCCAUGACAACUUCAAGGCCAGUGGUUGCGAUGGUGAACCAGGCAGAAGGGACCAGAAGGAUCAAAACAAUGCAUGAGUCAUUGCCUUGGAAUUGGGGGCUAGAAGAUUAACUGGAUGCUUUCCUUUAUUGGAAACCCUAUCGUAUGUUGGUGAAAUUAAUUGAAACCUUAUACACCAAUGUUAGCAGUUGCACUUAUCAACAGGGGUAGGAUGCUGUAGUACAUAUAAGUAUACUUCAUAGAAGAUCAUUAGAAUCCAGCUAUUUCUUUUAUUAUGGAUAUUUUUAACCCAUUUUGUGAAAUCGAUUUAGCACUUUUUAUGAAUUUUUGUGCACCUUUAAUUGUUGAUUUUCAUGCAAUAACCAUUAAAGCAUAUGUACGUUCAGAUCUGGAUUUACUGAUCUGAUUUUGCUUGUAUGUGAUAAUCUAGUGUUGAUAUAAUAUAAACUGACACUGGACUUGUACCAUACAUCAUACACAGGAUUUUUUUCCAUUGGACAGAGUUCUUUUUCUUCCCUUCAUGACCUGUGGUCAAAUCUUACAUAGAUUCAUGUGAAUCUACUGUGGCAGAAACCAAAAUUAUGCAAAUUACCCCUUUUAAACUGCCCAUUGCAUUUUAUUAUAUUUGUGAUGCAUAUUUUCCAUGAGAGUAAAUUGUUUUCUAAAAAUUUAUCACCACGUUGACCAUGUCUCUGUAUGUCAGUGCUGUGUAUUUAAAGCUGAUUGAUUUCUCUGCAGUUAGCUAAUUGUUCAUACAAUAAAUAUCUGCAGUUCUUUAUCAGA